CCACAUGCUUGUCUCCUGCGACAGGUUUGGGUGGAAGCUGAGCUGCAGCUGCCCACAGUGGCCAUGACUGGCACCAGCACCGACUUUGCCCUGACCUUCCUCAUCUAAGGCUGCCUGAAGUUGACUGCUUUUGCAGUGGGUGGUGUCAUACUGCCUUCAGUAACGCUGAUGGUGGAGUGGACCAUGACCCGUGGGAGGGAUGUCACCCUGACUGUGCUGGGAUGCACCUACAGCACGGGCCAGAUGGCGCUGGCCGGCCUGGCCUUCGCCCUGCGGGACUGGCGAGCGCUCCAGCUGGCUGCGUCACUGCCCUUCCUUGCCAUCUCCCUGAUCUGCUGGCGGCUGCUGGAGUCCGCCCGCUGGCGGGUCGCUACAGAACCAGAACAAGCGCUGCAGGAGCUUAGAAAGGCGGCCGGGGUCAAUGGCCACAAGGAAGCCCCAAAGACACAGGCCAUCGAGGUGGAGAUGUCCAGCAUGGAGGAGGAGGUGGCCUCUGAGAAGGACCAUUGGUCGGUGCUGGACCUGUUCCGAGGGCCCGAACUCUGCUGUAGAAGCUGCGUCACGCUGUUGGUGAUGUACACCCAGCUGGUCAUCCCUCCCAGAGACAGAGCUGGGGACAGGUGGGGACGGGUGUCCAGGGAAAACAGCACCUGCAGGCCUCAUGGGGAUGCAUUUCUGAGUGGGACAGGGAGUGUGAGCAGGCCGGCACCCGCGGGGAGCCAGUGGGAGAGAGAUGACCACGCCCUGGCACUCCCUGACCCCUCCCAGCAGCCCACUUCUCAGAUGGGGAAGGUGGAGCCCAGAGCAGUGAGUACCCUGCCCAAGAUGAGGGAGCCGCCAUCAGAGCCCAUGCUGACCCGGGCUCCGUCAUCCCAGGCCCCACACUGCACCAGGCCCUGUCCUGCUCCGGGAAGCCCCAACUCAGCACCCAGGGGCACCUGGGACCAGGAAAACACCCUUAAAACAAAUGCAGUUGAGGUGACCUUCAAAAAGCGUAUUAAAAGUAUGGAUCAGAGAGGGCUGAGUCUCCCACUGGUCAGUGGCCAAGGAGCCCAGGAGGCGAUGCCCGGGCCUGUCACCACCCCUGACCCCAGGGCCCAUGUGUGGAACAGGACAGCCCGUGUGCCAGUGAUGCUGCAGGAGCACCCUGCCCCUCCUUGGCCGGGCAGGGGCCCAACUCUGGCUUUGCUCUGUGGCUUCUCCAUAACAUCCUCCUACUAUAGGCUGGUCCUGGACCUGCAGAGCCUGGGCCGUGACAUCUUCCUCCUCCCAGCCCUUUUCAGAGCAGUGGACAUCCUGGCCCGGGCCACUACCACCUUCUUGCUCAGGUUCCUUGGCCGCCAUGUGACCCAGGCCAGCUUCCAGGCCACGGCUGGCCUGUCCAUUCUGGCCAACGUGCUGGGGCCACAAGAUUUGCAGACCUUGCGCGUGGUCCUUGCUGUGCCAGCAUAGGGCUGUUUCCAGACAGGCCUCGACAUCUCCGAGGCCGAGCUCUUCUCGACGGGAGGAAGCUA